GUAUCUUUCCUUCUUUUUUUUUUUAUAGCAUUAUGGUCAAAGAUUGCGCAGGGUACACCUAUGGGCAGCUAGAAUCAAGCCAUCCUUCCAGGGACAGUGAGGAUCACUACCGGGAAUACUUGCAGCUAAAAGCAACUGUGGAGUCUCUUCAACGCUCACAGAGGCAUAUUCUUGGAGAAGAGUUGGUUAGCUUGGGAACCAAAGAUCUGGAGCAAUUGGAGAAUCAACUUGAUGAAUCUCUCAAGCUCAUUAGACUGAAGAAGAAUCAAUCCAUUGCAGAUCAACUCUCGGAGCUUAAAAUGAAGGAAGAAAUGCUCGAGGAAACAAACAGGGCCUUGCGGAUUAAGUUGCAGGAGACAGAUGCUGUGCUACCAUCGUCAACAUGGGAAGCUGGGGAGCAGUCUGGUUUGCCGCCCCACCAACAGCAGGAAACGGCGGAGCCACAUUGCAGAAACAACCCUUUGCAGAUGAGCUGUGGUGGCGUGAUGGAGAUAGAUGACAGACCUUCAGCUGUGGCUUCCAGUUCAGGAAAUGUGAAUGGCCUCAUGAGUCGCCCAGGGUGGAUGAUUUAGCUUGCUUUUCUGGGGAAAUUAAGAUGAAGGUACUUGAAGAUAUAUGAUGCAUGUGUGGUAAAUAUAUAGGAGAUCAUAUUCACAAGGUAGCCUGCUUACUUAAUUAGCUGAUUGUAAUAAAAGUUCAGCCAGUAAAAAUUGAUAUGCGGCUGAUCCCCUUUACUGAACCAAGUAAUCUUGUUGUGUCUAUAUAAGUAAAGUAAUGUUCCUAAA